CAUGCGUAGGUUUCCUCAGCCGGGGCAGCGCCGCCGACAACUGUUCUCUUGAAAUGGGGAAAAGAAGCGCUCGGAUUCGGCGAAGUUGAGAGGAAAAGCGGGUUGGGCAAUGACGAGCUCGCCUGAUUCCAGCAUGCUCGGCUCCCUAACGCCCCACGAGCGGAGGUGGCCAGAUGCAAAAAGGCUACAGUUCGAUUGAUGUGAAGAACAUUUUCAAAGUGGCGUUUAUUUUGUGUGGGAAAUCAUAGACAACUGCUCAAAAAAGUGAAAGAAAAAGUCUAAUGGAGAUCAUGAAGAUCCCAAAACUAUUCUACGUCUUUUCAAUUUUCACAUGUGCUGCUAUAUAUGCUGUUUAUACCAAGUGGAAUUUUGACUACAAAGGAAGAGGUGUUGACAAAGGUUUGGAAAAGGAGCUUGGUGCUGAAAUCUCAAGAAAAGAUGAGGCAGUUCUUUAUGGAAUUAUGUUUGAUGCUGGAAGCACUGGCACCCGUAUACAUGUAUUCCAAUUUGCACAGAAACCAAAAGAACUUCCUAGAUUAAUUGAUACCACAUUCAAAGCAUUAAAACCAGGACUCUCUGCAUAUGCUGACAAUGUGGAUAAGAGUGCUGAAGGAAUAAAUGAGCUAUUGGCAGUUGCUAAAGAAGCUGUUCCUAUGCAUUUGUGGAAGUCAACUCCCUUAGUUCUUAAAGCAACCGCUGGUUUAAGAUUGCUGCCAGAAGAAAAGGCACAGAAAUUAUUGGAUAAGGUAAAGGACAUUUUUCAAGAGUCUCCAUUCUUUAUAGGAAAUGAUUGUGUUUCCAUAAUGGAUGGAUCAGAUGAAGGUAUUUCGGCAUGGAUCACAGUCAACUUUUUAACAGACAGCUUGAAUAAUCCAACGAAGAAAUGUGUAGGAAUGCUAGAUUUAGGUGGUGGAUCUACUCAAAUCACAUUUCGCCCAAGCACCGAAACGUCUAUGGAGAACUCAACUGCUGAAAACAUCAUUUCAUUUAACUUGUUUAAUACUACAUAUAAACUGAAUUCAUACAGUUACUUGGGAUUUGGAUUAAUGUCGGCAAGACUGGCAAUUUUAGGAGGAGUUGAAGGACAAGCCUUGAAAGAAGGCGAAGAACUAACAAGUCCCUGCUUAUCACUAAAUUAUCAAGGUGAAUGGGAACAUGCAAAGAUACUGUACAAAAUUAAAGGGCAGAAACCAGGAAGGCCACUUUUUGAAUCAUGUCAUAAUGAAAUAUUAAAAGUGCUAAACAAGAAAAUUCAUGAGACAGCCAGAAUAAAGGACUUGGAUUUCUAUGCUUUUUCCUACUAUUAUGAGUUGGCAGUAGAUGCUGGUUUAAUAGAUAAAAAAAAGGGAGGAAUCCUACCAGUCAGCAAGUUUGAAAGUGCAGCAAAGAAAGUGUGUAAAACAAUGGAGAUUCAGCAAGGAAAUCAUCCUUUCUUAUGCAUGGAUCUUAGUUACAUCAGUUUGCUGCUGAAAGAACUGGGCUUUCCAAAGAAUCACAUUCUUAAGCUGACCCAGAAGAUCAACAACAUUGAAACCAGUUGGGCUUUAGGAGCAAUUCUUCACUACAUGGAUUCACUUCACAUGCUAUAAUAUUAGGGAUUUACUGCCUGGGGAAAAUGAGUCUAGGAAAUUGGAUCUGAUUGGUUCCUUUGAAAAAGGGCUAUAAGUAAAAUAUAUAUUUUUAAAAGUUUUAAAUCUUUCAAUAAGGGAAGCUGAUGCUUAAGGUGGUAGCUUAAGGUGCUCAGUAUUGUCCUGGGAUCACAAAUACUUUUAGUAUCACACAAAAUCAGUAACACUCAUUUUGAAAAAAAUAAUCCAUGACCGCUAAAAGCAGCAGCUUAUCAGAAAUCAAACCAAAUUAUUGUAACAAAUAUCCUUUCAUUUUUAACGAACAUUUGCUGAUGAUCUCUGAUUUAUUUGAUGUUCUUUAUAAGAAAAGCACUUAAUCUUUAGGCAGACAUUUUGCCAUUUUUUGAUGCAAGCAUAUAAAAGCUAACAUCAGAAGCAAGCAACUUUUUAACUACCUUUGAAUGUUAGACUGUAAAUUCAGAUUUUAAAAUAUGUGAAAAUUUGGGGUAUUUCCUUAAAAACUUUGUUAUGCUUUGUAAAACACUUACUGACACAUAUUUAGAUUACCUUCUGAAACCCAGUUUUUAAUCCUUCAGAGUCUUUGGAGUACUGGUUUAUUUUGGAAGAGAUGAGCUGGGCAAGAUGGUUGUUCCCACACAGAAUUCCAUUGAUGUUUUCCCCUUGAUUUUGACUGCCUUAAUUUUUUUCUGGUGUGUAUUCCAUCCUGUAACGGCCUUUUUCACUUUUAAAUGGCACAAUGUUUUUUGUUCCUGCUGUCAGGCAAAAGAUUAGAUAAUGUUAUCUUGCUCUAACUCACUACAUGCAGUCCUUGUUUAGCAACCACAAUUGAUUCCAGUGAAAUAGUUACUAAGUGAUACAAACAUUAAACAAACCACACGGCUGAGAGGCCUCACAAAGAUCACUGGUUGUUGCCAUUUUGAUAAAGUUCUCUCAUAGUAACACAAGCAUUAGUCUCAUUUUGAUGUAUAUUAUGGUCAAGUGCAGAAGUGGAAAAUGUUUUUACUGCUAUUUAUUACUAUUGUAUUUGUGAACAGUCACUAUCUGAAGCAGUUGCUAAAUGAGGACUAUCUAAAACUGAUGAAAGAAUCUUUUCAUAUGGGUCAUAGCAAUAGCUGAAUGAGUUUUUUGACAUAGGCUAACAUCAGGGAGUAUUGGAUCAUGCUAGUUUGGUCUACCAUUGUCCAAUACUAGACCAUAGUAUGUUUUUUGGAAUGUAUUAAUCAGUUAUAAAAUACUUGUAGAAGACGUUUUUGAUUGUAUAAAUUUGUAUGAAAGCCAGAAGACUCCCUACUGCAACAUUUAUGCCUAUAUCUGAGAGAUAAUCUGGAAAUUCAGGAAAAAUGCUUGAAUGUUCUAGUAAUCAUUAUGUGAAUUUGUUUAAUUUUGGUUUAAAUAUUAGAUUAUGUUUAAAAUAAUAUGAAUGUUCCAAAUUUUGUAUAUUUCAAUUCAGUAAACAGUUUGUAUAUUUAAGGUUCCUUUAGCUAUUAAGUAAACUUCAAAUAAUUUUUUAAAAGUAUUACUUCACAGUCUUCUUUUAAACAAGUAAAUUUAUUGUUGCACUAAACAAAGAUUGGGGAACUAUAUGAAGGUUAUGAGUUGAAUUUCAGCAGUAUUAAGGCUGUUUCCACCCAAGGACUGUUCAAAAGCAUUUUCUACAUCCCAAAAUGUGCUAGGUUUGAAGGCUGAGCUUAGUUUAUCAUUGGGUAGGUUGCAAUGUACUUGAAACUGCAGUAAAACAAAUGUUUUAUUUGAUACAAUGCAACUCUGUGGUGAUCCUUUUUUAUCAUCUGCAGAAACUUUUGUGUCAUCCUACCUUUGGUUCCAAGACAUCAGCAAUCACAGCAGAAUUUCUAAGGCAAAAGCUGACUGGAUGCCUUUGAAGUUUAUAAGAACCAUCCAUCCGUUUGUUUGUUUGUUUGUUUGUUUGUUUAUUAUUUAGCACUAUUUCUGUGCUACCCCUAAGCACCUAAAUGUCUCCUAAAUGUCGAUAGGGAGAGGCUAUAUUUAUACGGGCAGCCGAUUAUUUCAAAGGUUGGAAAAGCAAUAGAAAAGGGGCAUUUCCCGUCUCUGCCUCUUUAGGUAGGUAAAGUUACUAGGACCCAAGCCAUAAAGCACUCCAAACUGCUUUUGUGAUACCAGGAAGAGGAAACAAUGACAGUAUGGAAAUCUAUGUUUUCAUAGAAACUGUGCCAGUCUUGUAAACACAUUAGACACUGCAGGGAUUGUUAGAACUGCAGCAUGAAAGAAAGAAGCAACUUUUACCUCUGCUGCUAGAGUCGUAGUGACAAUAAAUAACUAUGGAGAAAAACAUCAAUUGAUAUCACCCAAGGCCUUUCUCUUACUGAUAGCAGGGACAAUGAAUUGAAAUAGCAAGCCAGAAAGCAAUGAUUCCUGCCCUCCCUAGCUAAUGUGGUCCUGAUUUUUAAAGAUGCAUUUGAUUAUUUUGUUGUCUAAAACUGAAAUGGUUCACAGUAACACUUGCAAUAAAGCAAACAUGGUGGUAGACACAGCAUAGUAGCCCAUUGUCAAUGGUGGGUUGCUACCUGUUCGCCCCAGAUCAGGUGAACUGGUAGUGGUGGCAGUGGGAGGCUUCGCCCACCCACCAACGCCUCUGCGCAUGUGCAGAAGUGUCACAUGCACAAGCACGAGCGAACCGGUAGCAAUGGGUUUUGAAACCCGUCCCUGCCCAUUGUGGAAGUGAAAAGUUACAGAUUAUCCAAAUAUAUUAUUAUAUUUGAUUCAUACAUAAUUUAACAGAGCACUUAAAUUCUGGCAUUAAGGAAGUUGGUCUACCGGCCAGUCUAGUUGAUAGAAAAGUCGAAAGGUAUUUGUCAUUAAUUGCUGUUUCUCUUUGACAUUUUCUAUAUAUAAAAAUAGGCAUUUGUACAUGUCCAUAUAGAUAUGAAUUAAGUUGAUAUGCUGAUAUUUGGUUAAUCUUUUCUUUGCCUGCAUUAAAGAAAGAAAUGAACCAGCUCUGUCCCUUGCCAUAGGUUUGAUUCAUAUCAUCUGUCAUUGCACUUCUUGCUACUUCAUUGUGAUAUUUUUCCAUUGAUUGUGCAAUCUUAAUUUGUUUAUUUUUAUCUUUUCAUUCUCUGCUGACUUUUCAUUCCAUAAUUCAGAUUAAAGCAUUCCAAUAAUUGAA